UCGGGAAGCACAAAAGAUUUUUCCUGCACGUUCGAACACAUUUAUUCGCAAAGAUGCUGACAAAUUUUCUAAUAAUGACCGAUAAAGACAGGAAGGAGGCGGCCGCCUUGGAGGCGAGGCGGCGCCGCGACGAGGAGAGGAGGAAGAGGAUUUUCAAUCCUCGCGUUCGAAUUAUGGGAGUCGACAUCGACGGCUUGGACCGCCAAGUCGAAGAAAGGAAGCAAAAAGAAGCGGAAGACAAACGCCUGGCGGAAUUGUUCUACGACCAAAUGAAGAAAUCCGAUGACUAUGCUAUGUUCAUGCACGACAAAGAGAGACAGGAACGCCUUUGUUACAAUCAAUCGAUCAACGAGUACAGAAAAAGCUACCAGCGGUUCGAAGACAGGCGCGAAUUCGAUUUGAACGAUCCUGGAUACAUCAGGAACCAAGUACCAUGUCGAGGUGAAGUGGACGAUCCCAAAUUGGGUGUAUCUGCUGCGCAAAAAUUCGAGGGCGAGGAUUUGGUGUCUGACCAACGGCGCAAAAUACAGAAAGAGGAGGUCCAAUCGUGGCUGGGACAGCAGAUGAAAGAGCGCGAAUUGGCGGAGAAGGACCAAAAAAUGGCGGAGGCAGCUUAUCACGCGGCGUUGCUGGCUCGCGAUCAAAGAGCCCUGCAAUUGGAGGCGUUGGACAAAGAUUGCAGGGUGAAGGUGCAGAAGGCUUGCAUUAAAUUUAACGAGGCUUUGAUGAAAGAGAAGGCGUACGAGAAGCAGCAAAGGGAGAAGGAGGAUACGGAGGAUAAAAUGGCGGAUAUAUGCAACUUUUUGAACAGCGAUCUGAUGACUGAAAAUCCUAACGUGGCGCAAAGCAAUCUCGGCCCGAACAGGAAAAUUUGCGCUAAUUUCAAAGGAAUGUCUCCCGAACAACAGAAGGCUAUAACCGUUGAGCUGCAAAACCAAAUUGAAGAGAAGAGGAAAAAGAAGGAACAAGAGCUUAGGAGAGAAAUGGAAAUGGACAAUUACGUAAAUGGGGUGAAUCGGGAAAUUUUCCUCAUGGAUCAAGAAAUAUCGGCUAAAAAGAAGAAAAUGUACAAGGAAAUUAGCGAGGAAAAUAUGAGGUUGGCCGAAGAACAGAAGACCAGGAAGAAAUUUUUGGAUAAGGUGGUUUAUACCGGGUAUCCUUCGGAUGAAUUUUAUGAUCAGUUUAACAGGGGCAGUAGAUAAAUUUUGCAAUGUGAUAAAACUAUAUUUUUA